GAAAAUAAGUUUUCAAUGUCUUCUCCAGAUGUUGCAUUUUUCUUUGCCUUUUUGUUUUUCUUAUUAGCUUCUGGAGCUGCUAAUUUAGACAUCGGCAAGACACUGAGCAGCUACUCGGACUUUUCCGACUUCGUCAACAUGUUGAACGAAACGGGCGUCGCCGACGAAAUCAACAGCAAGCAAACCGUCACUGUUCUUGUUGUUUCGAAUGGUAAUUUGGGUUCACUUUAUGGCCAAACCAUGGAAACAAAGAAGAUGGUGUUGAGCGUGCAUGUUGUGCUCGAUUAUUACGAUGAAACCAAGCUCAACAAAUCGCAUUCCAAAACAGCAAAGAUUCUCACCACGCUCUACCAACAAACCGGGAAGGCACGCAAUCAGGUAGGGUUCUUGAACAUGACGAACACGGGCACGAGUGCCGUGGUUUUUUCAUCAUCGUCUCCAAACUCUCACCUUGAAGCUCAACUCGUUAAACAAGUUACUUCAAAACCUUAUGACCUUUCAGUGCUGCAAAUCAGUAAUCUCAUCGAUGUGGCCUCGGUUUCACUUGUACCUUCUCCAUCCAACGCUCCCGAUUAUGCUCCCCCUCCGAGGAAGGUCCUAGCACCGGCCACUACGCCUAGUCCUGACGAAGUGGACAACCAAAAGUCUCCGGCUCCAUCCAAGACUAAAGCAAGCGACGCCUCGCCGCCAGAUGCUGAUGCUCCUGGUCCUGGUAGUGAUGUGAAGAAGUCUGCUGUAUCUGCACCUUGUGGGGAUUAUCUGGUCUCUACCAUUCUUUUGAUUUUCACUUGCGCUUGGUUAUUGCUUACCAUGAUGUAG